ACAAAGCGAAAACCUCCUCUGCUCUUCCAUAUUCUCUUAUCUCUCAAAUCUUCUAACACGUUAUUCUCUCUCACAUUUUCUCUGUCUUUUUUGGUUUUUGGAUAUGGAGGUUCCUGUUAUUAACAGAAUAAGUAAUUUCGACGGCGCCGGAGUUACUUGUUUGCAAAACCCAUCUUUUGUUUCUCAGAUUCUUUCCAUUACCGCCAGAGAAAAGCUCUUUCACGCUCAUAAUUUCUGGAAAUGGGGUGCCUUCAUCAUCGCGAUGAUAGCGUCCUUCGGCACCAUAAUUAGCAGAAUCAAAAUUUUGGUAAUUAGAAUACAAUGCCAUUUUUGUAAAGAUUCUUCGGCUUCACAACCUCUUCUCGACAAUUUUGACGAUUACGAUUUCACCAGCGAUGACGAAGACGAUGAAGUCGACGAAGAAGACGACGACGACGACGUUUCGUGCUCAUCUUACGACUCUGACGGAGCUCCGUCGUCGUACUCCGAUGACAUGGAUUGUCUUUCUGCAGAUGAAGAUUUCCACGUCAAAGGUUCAAGACACUACGCCGGCCAUGACCAGAGUAGUAAUUUGGGUCUCCGUAGGCGGCGGAGCUUCGUUGACCAAUUCUCAUGGUCUGACUUUUCCAGCGGCAAGAGCGUCGUCAAGCUCUGGGACAGCUUGGGCCUUGGGUUGGGCCUCGACGGCAGCCCAAACCAGAAAAUUGUGUCCUUGUACUCAUCCUCAUCACCGGCGGCGAUACUUUCGGCCGAAGGAAGCGACUCCGGGCGCGUGACCUUCGGAGUUUGGGACACGCGCGUUGGGAGUCGGAUCCCAGCGAUACUAGCCGAUUGGGGCCCGCAGCUGGGGAAGAUUGUCGGAGUCGCAACCAACGGCGCCGAAAAGGUCUACGUCGGAGAUGACGUCACGGGCGGACUAACAAUCGGCGACUUGAGAAAAGUGAGCUCGCCGCUGAAGAAAUUUUCAAAAGCUGACGUGGACGAAACCUGGUGGGACGCCGAUUCCGGUUUAGUUUCAGACGAGUCAGCAGCCGUGUCUAGACUUGACUCGGCCGCGACUCGUUGCUGUGACGCGGUUAGGUCAUAUCUAUUGUAGAGAAAAAUUAAAUUUGUUGUUAGAACAAUAAUAAUUAUUAAUAUUAUUAUUGUAUUAUUACCAACAAAAAGAAUCUGUAAAUAUUAAUUUAUAUCAUCAAUGAUUUAUGGUUAAUCACCACGUAUUAGUUUUAUUCCAAUCAAA